CAUUUUCUUUUCUACUUCUUCUUCUUCUUCUCUGAGAAAGCCUACGUAAUCUCUCUGACCGAAAUGCCCUAACCCUAAAUCACAUUGGGAGACGCCAUGAUCAACCCAAUCUCAACGGCAAGCCAACUUCAACUCCUCCAAACCCUUACGAAAAUCCUGACCUCCUCGAACACCCCACUCGAUUCCUUGACCCCGUACGUUCCACACCUGACCCAACCCAUCCUCAACUCUCUCCUCUCCUCCAAAACCAUAGCCUCACGCCCCAACACCCUCCUCUCCUUCUUCAGGUUCCUCCAGUCCCACUCUCCUUCCCUCGCUGACUCCCCUCACACCCUCCUCUUCCUCCUCCCCUCCCUCUUCGCGCACAACAAGUUCUCCGACGCCAAGUCCCUCCUCGUCUCCUUCAUCGCCUCCGAUCGCCAACACCAGCUCCACCGCCUCAUCCUCCACCCCGCUCGCACGCUCCCCAGGCUCUCCCGAGCGCUUCUCGACACUUCCAUUGGCGCCUAUGUUCAGCGGAAGCAACCCCACCUCGCCGCCCAGAUUUUCAAUAAGAUGAAGCGGCUGCGAGUUCGCCCCAAUUUGCUCACUUGCAACACUCUCCUCAAUGCCCUGGUAAGACACCCGUCUUCGUACUCCAUCUCGUUGUGUAAGGACAUCUUUCAGGAUGCGGUUAAGCUAGGUGUCAAUUUGAAUACCAAUAGUUUUAAUAUUUUGAUAUAUGGGUACUGUUUGGAGAAUAAGUUUAAGGAGGCUUUGGAGUUGGUGUGUAAGAUGGGUGAGUUUGGAUGUUCGCCGGAUAAUGUGAGUUAUAAUACGAUAUUGUACGCGUUUUGUACAAAGGGGAGGUUGAAUGAGGCGAGGGAUUUGUUGCUGGAUAUGAAGAAUAGAGGGUUGUUACCGAAUCGGAACACUUAUAAUAUAUUGGUUUGUGGGUAUUGUAAAUUGGGAUGGUUGAAGGAGGCGGCAAAGGUGAUGGAGUUGAUGACGCGGGAUAACAGGUUGCCGGAUGUCUGGACUUAUAACAUGUUGGUUUGGGGGUUGUGUAAGGAGGGUAGGAUUGAAGAAGCUUUGAGGCUGAGAGAUGAGAUGGAGAAUUUGAAGUUGUUGCCGGAUGUAGUCACGUAUAACACGUUGAUUGACGGGUGUUCUGAGUGGCAGGGAAGUUUGGAUGCGUCUAAGUUAAUUGAGGAAAUGGGUGAGAGAGGAGUGAAGCCGAAUACAGUUACUCACAAUAUAAUGAUUAAGUGGUUUUGUAAGGAAGGGAAAAUGGAUGAAGCGAGUGAUGCUGUUCGGAAGAUGGAAGAAAGUGGGGUUUCUCCCGAUUGUGUUACCUACAAUACUUUGAUAGAUGGGUAUUGUAAAGCAGGGAACAUGGGGAAAGCAUUUGGAAUGAUGGAUCAGAUGGGUAGGAAAGGCUUGAAGAUGGAUAGUGUUACCCUUAAUACCAUUCUAAACACACUUUGUGGGGAGAAAAAGCUUGACGAAGCAUAUGAAUUGCUUACUAAUGCUAGUAAGCGUGGUUAUAUUCUUGAUGAGGUAAGCUAUGGAACUUUGAUGAUGGGAUACAUUAAGGAUGAAAAGCCAGAAAAGGCCUUCGAGGUUUGGGAUGCAAUGAAGAAGAAAGGAAUCCUUCCCAGUAUUGUCACCUAUAACACUAUAAUCAGAGGGCUAUGCCUAUCUAAAAAAACUGAUCAAGCAAUAGAGAAGUUGAAUGAGCUUUUAGAGAGUGGUUUUGUCCCAAAUGAAAUUACAUACAACACAAUCAUACAAGGUUUCUGCCGGGAGGGGGACAUUGAGAAAGCAUUUCAGUUCCACAACAAAAUGGUUGAGAAUUCAUUUAAGCCAAAUGUGUUUACAUGUAAUAUUCUUCUCCGUGGGCUUUGUAGAGAGGGUAUGCUAGAAAAGGCUCUUAAGCUUUUCAACACAUGGAUUUCGAAAGCAAAAGCCACUGAUGCAGUUACUUACAACACAUUGAUAUCAAGCCUAUGCAAAGAAGGGAGAUUAGGGGAUGCUUUUGAUCUUCUCACAGAAAUGGAAGAGAGAAAAUUAGGGCCUGACCAGUAUACGUAUAAUUCCAUUCUUGGUGCGCUUACAGAUGCUGGUAGGAUUGAGGAAGCAGAGGAGUUCAUGUCAAAAAUGGCUGAAAUUGGAAAACUACCUUAUCAGCCCUCACAAAUGGGCAAGAGGCAAGAUGUUGUAACUCAUGAAACUCUGGAGGAAUCUGAUUCGAGUUCUACUGCUUAUUCUGAACAGAUCAGUGAGCUGUGUUCUCAAGGGAAAUACAAGGAUGCAAUGCGCAUUUAUGAAGAAUUUACUCAGAAAGGUGUCACUGUAAAUAAAUCAACCUUUUUUCAUUUGAUGGAUGGGCUGAUCAAGAGGAGAAAGAGCAUAUCAAAGGCUGCUCGACUUUAGUGAGCCCUUCUGCUGCUAUGGGCAAUAUCACAUGGUGUCGGUCUCAUCAACAUGUUUUGCAUUACUUUCCACAUAGCUGGGGAGGAUUUCAGAUGAUGGGUUGCAGGAAAUGAUUUCCAUAUUGUUUGACUAAUGAUUGGAAGGCAAUGGGACUGCAAGAAGAGUUGUUGCAGUUAUAUGAUGAUGAUACUAAGGGGAGUACUAUUGGGCUCAUGUAUUUCAUAGCCAAUAGAAAAUGGAAGCCUCGUUUACACCCUAUUCCCUCCAUGGAUUCCUUUUCAUGUAUUGAGAGGUCUUUGAUAGGUAAGAACUGUUAUUUAGUUAAAGGGAAUCCACUGGUAUCUGGAUGGGAUGAUCCUUACAGUUGGGCUGCAGGGAAGUGCUUGCUUAUAGUUGGGACGUGGGUAGGCAAUGUGAGAUUCAGGGAAGGCGUUAAGAGUUAGAUAAUGAUAUGAAGAUUUCAUGGUGAUCUCUUUUCUUCUUUUAUCAGUUUCUAGAGUAAUCUAUGCAUUUUCCUUGGAAAGUUCUAAGGUGUUUAGUUUCAGUUUCAUAGCUUUGUGCUGGUCAAUUUUUGGGCAUUAGGAUUCUUGGCCUAUAUGUAAUCAUUGCUGGCUGUGAGUGGAAAGGUAAAUACAAAAUGGUAUAAGAGGAUUUAGAGAUGUAUUAGUGUAGAGUUGACAGGUUAUAUAUGUUUCAGGUUCACUAAACAAAAGGCUAUAGCUCAAAAUGAAAAGAAGCUGAUUGGAUGCUCGGACAAGGAUUCUCUCCAUUUCACUUAAAAUGUAGAUGAACCAUUUUAUGGCAAGAAUUUAAUGUUAUUGCAUUUAACGAUGUAACAUUAAGAUUUUUUGAAUGGUUUGUCAACAAAUUUAUCACGCAACAUCAUCUACACCGUAGAUAAAUAUUAAAUCCUGACCAUAAAAUGGUUCAAAAAUGAAGAGAAUCCUAUUCCUGUUCAAGAUGAGACAUGUCAUGCAAUAUUGUUUGCUUGGUGAGAUGGCAAAUGAUGAUGACUGUCUAGCCAAGAAUGGGGCUAGUUCCAAAAAUGGGAACCUUUGUUGCUAGAUAUUGACAAAUGAGAAGCUUCUGCAUAAUGUUCAGGUUACUAUUCUUGGCACAAGGUACAGGAGAUUUCAAUAAUAAUGUAAGAGAAGAACCAUCUCUGCGGGAAGAAUUCCAAAGGUUAAAUUAAUUGGGCUGGGCUUGAAUUGACAUAGCAUGAGUAAAUAAGAGAAACAAGUCAUUAAUAGUUGGACCAUUGGAGUUGUAAUCAAGUAUUAAUGCAUUUCGAUGCUCCUGUACAUUGGUCUUCUAGUUUUUCUUCUUUUUCUUUGGCUAUCUUAUGAAUUUCAUAUGUUCAAUAUUUUUAAGGAACUCAUAGAUAUGCAAACAAGGAUGUGGGUUCUAUAUGUGAUAUAUGUGCAUGAAAAAUGCUAGACUUAACAAUUA